UCACCUCCCUUGCCCUGCUGGCCACGCUUCUUUUGAUGCAGCCUAGGAUAUGUCUGACUUUCUGGACUGCGAGGGCACACUGCUGGCUCAUGUCCAGCUUUCCAGCCACCAGUACCCUCAGGUCCUUUUUGGCACAGCUGUACUCUAUCUUCAAAUGAGUCUUUUGUUGUCAGUUUAUCUGGUUUGUAUUCACAAAUGGAGGAAGUAUUCAGGUUAAAUAGUUCACUUAUGUUUAGUGGCUUCCCAAGUCUUGUGAUCAAGGGCUGACCCGAGUUCUUGGAGAAUCAGGACAGACUUUAGUGACCAUGUCUAUCUGCGAAUGCAGCCCCAUGGCAGCGUGAGAGCAAUACUGCAGGCUGUGUGGGGAACUCCUGAGCUUGAUUCAGGCUUUUUGUCUCCAGGAGCAUACAAAACCCUCCAUCUGGUUUAACUGAGAUUUCCAAGUGUGCUGACAAGUCAUGGCCCGAGUUAGCUGCAGUUCCUCACUCCUGACCAAAAAUACUCCAUAGAUGCUAGUGUUCUCUAAGCCUCUCUUUUAUAGUGAAUCAAUUAAGACACAUCCUGUGAAGCAAAAGGACCAAGAAGGCCAUAUGGGUCUGUCUCAGGUUUAGCACCCUAUACUUUGCCACUAUCUGAACUCAUUUAGCAUACAUCGCAGCCCCUAGUGCCUUCCUCCACACUCCAGGGCAUCAUCCUGUAAAAGGCUCAUCCUGUAAAGGCUCAUCCUGUAAAAUGACAGAAAAUUCACUUUUGGUAGGCUAAAGCACAAUCAGAUCUCAAAAAAGCAGAGAAGUUCUGGGUCAUGGGUGAUGUGCUACAGGGAGAGAGGGGUGGUCAACUUUGAUUUCUUUGGACAUGGUUGUUUUGCACUACUUGCUUUGGAUGCAUUUAGCAUUUCUAGGCAUUGAGUCCCACCACAGAGGCUUUAUAUGCAAUCUGUUGUGUGGUUGUACCCUGUGAUCACGUUACAAGCUCUGUUGUUUUCCAUGGUUCAUGCCUGGAGUCCUGCUACAGGCACAGGGACCCUCCCCACCUCUGCAGACAGUGUGGGGAGAUGAGGUGAUGCCACUGCCCCAAGUGUUAAAAUAAAGGAAUAAGGACUUGUGUAAUUCUGAAGCUUUGAAAUUUCUUUGGAAGCAACUGACUGCCUUGGAAAAGCUUAGCAGAUAUCCACAGGGUUAGUUCUCAGUUACUUGUCUUCCUAUGCAUCUUCGGUUUGCAGCCCACUGACCAUGAGUAAGCCCAAGCAGUCACUGAGCCUCUGCAGCACCCGUGUGUGUACAAUCCCAUUUGAGAGGUUUGGUCACCAGAGGGAGUCACAGACUCUGAGAAAUAAACAAAUAAAACAGUUUGUCUUUCCAUUGCAUAAGUGUGUCACAGCUACGUCAAUGGAAAGCCUCAAGAUUUCCUCUAAUUUCACUUUCAGUGUCCUUUAGAUCCUUAGCGAGUUUCCCGUAGCUGUGGGGGUUCCUGUUUCCAAGCUAUACAUGACAAGUGAGGACAGGAUCUCUUGUGCUGUCUUGGAGCUAAAUGAAGUCAUCUGGCUGGAGUCAAUCGGAUGCAAUGUCCCCCACCCCAUUCCUCUUCCCGUCAGCCCUCAGCACUGACCUGCAGACUUCCCUCCCACUCUGUCUGAUUUUCAGCACUCAUCUCACCCUGCAUUUAAUGAAUUAUGGAAAUGAGAAGGGAAAUACCAAUAAUGCAAAUCAUACACAUUUUUAGUGAGCUGAAUUAGCUCGGUGAGAAGUCUGAUGAAUAAACAGUUGAGCCAGCACAAGGGGAAGGUAGAGACCUAUGGUCAGAGUGAUGGGCCUCCCUUUUUAGAAAAGAACCUGACCGCCUUGUCCAGCUGUAGUGUGUAACUUCACCUACAGCCACUCUUCCCCGUGCCCUGCAGGAAACAUGUAGUGCUCCACAGUUUUUGCCAGGAGAAAGAGAAGUGUUUUGCUCACAAGUUCCUGUCUUUUUUCACUCAGCUCCAAGUUAGACAAUGGAGGUUCAGUCACCUUUCCUGGUGAAGUGGAAAGAAUCUCAAGAAUAAAUUGGAUUCUUUGCUCACUUUUCUGUUUUCUGCUUCUAAACAUCCAUUGACUUCACUAGAAAUAGCCCCUUAUUCUAUUGCAUUUCAUGAGUCAGAAUCAAACCCUUGUAGGGUCAAUGAAGUUCUGCUGGUUUGUAUUAUUUGGCAGUGUGGGAUUUUGUGCAUGAACAGGAUAUACAUUGUAUCCUUAAUGACACCAAAAUAAUUUGUAUUAUUUCUGAUUCUUCUUUCAUUUCAUUUGUCCCAGUUUAAGGAUCUAAGCCGGAUCCCCUGCCGUUAUGAUGUGAUCUCCAAGACCCAUGGUCUACAGCGGUCUGAGUGUGGAAUCAAACCUACACUGGAGCUGCUGGAUCAGGUCUGAUGAAUGCAGCAGAAUUCUGCUUACAGCUCUUGGACAUCUCGGUCAAGUGGAGCAUCCAGGACAUCUCUCCCCCCAAGUAUCUCCAUUACGACCCGGGGACAUCUCGUCAGGUGAUGUGCAACCAGUGCCCUCCUGGGAGCUACGUAAAGCAGCACUGUACGGCUGCCAGCCCGACCGUGUGUGCCCCAUGCCCAGAUCAGUACUACGCCGAAGACUGGAACAGCAACGAUGAAUGCCAGUACUGCAGUGCUGUUUGCAAAGAGCUCCAGUACGUCAAGCAGGAGUGCACAAGCACGCAGGACCGCAUCUGUGAGUGCGUUGAAGGCCGGUACCUGGAGCUGGAGUUUUGCUUGAAGCACACAGAGUGCCCUCCGGGGUUCGGCGUCACACAGCCAGGUACUCCUGAGAGUGACACUGUAUGUAAGAGAUGUCCAGAGGGAUUUUUCUCCAAUGAAACAUCAUCCAAAGCAGUCUGUCAAAAGCACACAAACUGUAGUGCUCUGGGUUUCAAAAUAGCAUUAAAAGGAAAUGCAGUUCGUGACAACAUCUGUCAGGAAAAUACAGAUACUUCUCCUCAGAAAUGUGGAAUAGAUGUAACCCUGUGUGAAGAGGCGAUGUUUAGGUUUGCUGUUCCUACUCAUCUCACACCUGACUGGCUGAACACGCUCGCAGACAGUUUGCCUGGGACAAAGCUCAGCACAGAAAAUAUCGAACGGAUUAAACAAAGGCACAGUUCACAAGAGCAGACCUUCCAGCUUUUGAAAUUAUGGAAGCAGCAAAACAAGGAACAGGAUACGGUCAAGAAGAUUAUUCAAGAUAUUGAUCUUUGUGAAAAUAGUGUCUUAAAGCAUCUUGGCCAACCAAAUCUCACCUUUGAACAUCUCAACACACUGAUGGCAAGUUUGCCAGGCAAGAAAGUGGGAAAGGAAGAUAUCGAGCGCACAAUGAAACUCUGUCAACACGCGGAACAAGUUCUAAAGCUUCUCAAUCUGUGGAGAAUAAAGAAUGGAGACCAAGACACCAUUAAAGGUUUAAUGUAUGGACUGAAGCACUUGAAAACAUACCACUUUCCAAAAAGAAUCAUCCAAAGUCUGAAGAAAGUCAUUAAAUUUCUUCACAGAUUUACAAUGUAUAGACUAUACCAGAAACUCUUUUUAGAAAUGGUAGGGAAUCAGCUUAAAUCCGUGAAAGUAAGAUGUGUCUAAUUCUAGAUAUUUUUCAUUCUCCACUGACACUUUUUCCCUAAUUACUGCCAGCAGUAAUUAAACUGGAACGUUGUUUCCCUACAUUAUCUCUUUCUAUUUAUAGAAAUGCCAGACUGGAAUAGCUCUAAGUCUUUUGCAGUGUUCUUGGAGGUUUUUUAUUGUGUUGUUUGUUUGUUCACUUGGUUGGUUUGUUGUUGUUGUUGUUGUUGUUCUUAAUCACUUUUGUAAAAGCUAUUAACCUGUUGAUAACACUAAGAGCCUGAUUCUGCAUUUUUGCACAUUCAGAGUUGAAAAGCCCCACUAUAGUCACUAGAGGAGAAAAGAAUGCUGGACCAGGCUCUAAUGCAGUAUUCGCUAUUUAUAUUCUUCGAGAUAUAAACGUUUUUGUUGUAUAUAUUUAUUAAGUUAAAUGGAAAUUGUAUGAGACUGAAUUUGGGGAAGAGAAAUGAAAAGCACACUGUAUAUUUUCUAGUUAAACAAAAAUGAUCCCGUAUAUUUUUCUGGCAAAAUUUUGUAGCAUGCUCUAAAAAAAAUCUUUAUUUCUUUACAUUUGGUAUUUAAAGAAGUAUUAUUACUUAGUUUUAUUUGUAUAACUUGUGUUAUCUUUGGGUAGGGAUGUUUUAAUUUAUCCAAUGAUUUUAACUCAAAUGUGGUGAAAAUAUAAGUGACCUGAAUAUUUAAAUAUUCUGUGAGGAAGUGAAUGUAUCGUAUUUAAGAAGCUGGAUUUUUACAUAGAGUUUCAUAAUCUUAUUUUAUAAAACAAUUAAAUUUUUCAGAUUACUUUUU